UGCUUAUCGUGGGAAUGAGCUGACGUGUACAUAGUCCCCAGCUAUCACUUGACGUCAGGUUUACUUCAUUAAGUGAAAUUUAUGGCAAGCGUACAACAGUUGCUAGCUAUUAUUGACCUGCAAAGUAUAAAGAUAAGUGAGAUAGAGAGAGUAGAAUACGGUAGGAUUAGUAAUACUAUUCGUUUGAUAAUACUGUUUCAAUAUGGGACUCAGUGAAUCUAAGCCGGAAACUUGUCAAGUUGAGGCAUGUGAAACAAAGUUUUUCAAAUAUGGUAUCUGGUACAAAUGUUGGAAGAGGCAUCACUUUUGCGAUCUCCACCAAAAGCAAAAGACCUGCCCAAUAGAUGCUGAUGAGCGUAGACCAUGUGAAGUUAAAUCAUGCAAUAAAACUGACUGUGACUCUGGAGUAUGGCACAAAUGUGAAAACAAACAUCAUUUGUGUACCUCACACAAAAAGAAAGACAAAUGCCCAAUAGAUGGACGGUACGGACGUAGACCGUGUGUUGCAACAGCCUGUACUAAAACUGAUUGCAGUUAUGGUAUUUGGUACAAAUGUGAUGAGGAGCACUAUUACUGUACCACUCAUCAGAAGAAAAAGAUAUGCCCUAUUGAUGAAAAGCCUCACACUACAUUCAUCAGAAGGAAACCAUACCUAUUGCUAUCAGAAAGUAGUUAA